UACGUGCGAGGAACGCCUCUCACCAGUUGCGCCUGAGCUGCGACAUUCAGGCCACCACUGUCUCCUCAGCUGCUCGCAUCUGGAUACCUUCAUGGUUCAGGAUUCCCCUGCAAUGAGUUGGUGGGAGACCAAUUUCUGGAUCAUCUUAGCUGUGGCCAUGAUCAUUGUCUCCGUGGGCCUGGGCCUCAUCCUGUUCUGUGUCUGUAGGUGGCAUCUUAGACAAGCCAAGAAAUGGGAAAUCGCCAAGCCCUUGAAACAGAACAAAACAGAUGAAGAAAAGAUGUAUGAGAAUGUUCAUAACGAAUCACCAGUUCAAUUACCCCCUCUGCCACCCAGGGAUUUCCUUUCUUCAGAAGGCUCCUCCUCACAAGAAACCCAAAGUCAGCCACCGGCUACCUACUCGUUGGUAAGCAAAGUUAAAAAUAAGCAGACUGUUUCCAUCCCGAGCUACAUUGAGCCUGAAGAUGACUACGAUGAUGUUGAGAUGCCUGCAAAUACUGAAAACCAUCAUUUUGAAACAACCAUUUCUUCUUUUUGGCAAGCUGAAGAUAGUUCACACAGCUUAUUUUAAAACAAUCAGAAUGGCUGGACUUCAAUAGGUCUCCAGGUCCCGAAAGCCAGUGGUAAUUUAUGAAGCUCCAUAAGAUAAAGCACUGCCUGAACAUUAUUUGAAGAUACCUUCGCGAUCAAAUGACUGCAGCCAGAGGAAAGAUGUGGAUGCUCGGCCUUGAGGACUAAGAGGGUCAGCCCCCGUGCUUCUGUUGAGGAAGUGUCCGUGGUGGGGACCACUGGGCUGCACAGCUCCCACCUGCGAGAAAUGACUCAUGUUUGGGAACUCUUUCCCUUUCAUUCCCUUGUUUUGCAUGGUUCUAAGUGAUCUUACAUCUUGGUGUUUGAUUGCACAGAGCCAUCCCCAGCCAAGCCCUCGCCAAGCACGCUGGUCUUCCCUCCCCCAACCCACCUCCUGCACCAAGAGGCUCUGGGUGGCAGUUACAGCUGAGUGCUCUUGUGUGCAAGUCCCCACACCACACCUUGUGAGUUUGAACAGGGAGUACUUUCUGUUCUUGCAAACCCUCCCCACCUACACACACCCUAAACCCCAGUACCUUUAUAUGAGGUAGGCCAAACCAACCACAGAGAUUCAAGCUCUGACCUAGGUUUUUUCCUGUGCUUACAGGUUGCACUUUAAUAAUCAAUAAAGGACAAAAGUUACCUUCUGAUUUACACCCAGAGGUGUCAUUUUGCAAUAGGUAUGCUGGGAGUGCUACAAGAAAAGUAGGUUCCCCCGGGAAAAUCAAAGAGAAUAGGAAAGAAAGGGGCCAUUUAGCAUCAUGUUCAAGAUGUGAGUUUAGGAGACUUAACAUCCCCUUUCCAUAAUUUUUAU